CAUGUUACGAAUAUUUUUUUUAAUAUUAGUAUUCUUUUUCUAAAAAUAUACAUUUAUAUUAUUAUGUGAUGAUUGUUUAAGGUCCGUUGAUUUCCUCAAAUCCACUUUUUCAAUUAUCCGUUUUUUUACAAUUCCUAUAGGCGUGGUAUCAUUAAGCAUUAAUCUAUAUCGUGUGAGUUUAUAAAAUUAAUUGUAUCGUUAAUAUUAUCUAAUAAUUUUUUUAAUCAUAAGUUUUAUAGCUUUGCGAACGUGUUAUCGAAAAAGAUAUAAGUGGUAUAAUAGCAUUAUUUUUAUUUGUUGCCGUUCAUUUUGGCUACAUGUUUUUUUGCAACUGCAUUGGUCAAACAGUAAUAGAUCAUAGUGAAGGUGUAUUUAAAAAAAUAUGCAAUACUCAAUGGUACGCGGCGCCAUUGAAUAUCCAAAAAUGCAUUAUGAUGAUAAUGCGCCGAAGUAUGAAAACUUCUACACUGAUAUACUGCCUUGGUUUGUUCUUAUCGUCUUUGGAAGGUUUUGCUACGGUAAAUGAACAACUUGUGUGACAAAUGUAAAAAAAAAAUUAUAUUUUAUAUAUUUUAUUACAGGUUGUCAGCUCGUCAUUAUCAUACUUUAUGAUAAUUUAUUCAAUGCGCCAAUAGUAAUCAAUGGAUGUAAUCAAUAAUCGUAAUUGAUAAGUACUUUGACGACAAAAAGUAUGUUUAGUGAUGGACAAGACAAGAAUUUCAAGAUCUUGUCUUAAUUUUUCAAGACAAGAACACCAAUUUCUUGUACUUGAUAAAAUCAAGACAAUCUCAAAUUUGAUUAAAAUUUUCAAUGACAUAUGAAAAUUCUUUAUUAAAAGAUCUUGUACACCUUUAUGUAUUAAAAUGAUAUAAAGUACAAGCGUACACAAAACGUAUUGUAGAAUUAAACAAAUCAUAGUUCUAAAAUAAUAGAAUCAAUUAAAAACAA